ACAAACCAAUCCCGGUGGAACCAAACAGAUCGACCUCUUUUCAUCUUGAACCACCUUUCAUCUCGUUCGAAUCUCCGAUUCGAUCUCCCAAUUCCCCCAUUUACGUCCAAGAUAUCUCUCUUUGUUUCUCUAUCUAGAACUCCAGACCGACGAACACUAAACGAGGUUUAUUGAUGCGUGUGAUCUGGGACGCUUAGUUGUGGAUUUAGAAGAUGGCGUGGUUUAGUUCCAAAGUCUCUUUAGGGAACUUCCCGGAUCUCGCUGGGGCCGUCAAUAAGCUAAGUGAGAGCGUCAAGAAUAUUGAGAAGAAUUUUGAUACCGCUCUUGGUUUCGAGGAGAAGACCGAUGCUGGCAACAGUGAAGCUUCUGGUUUAUGGCCCUCAGCUACAGACCGGAAAACACUAUUUGAACCUGUCAUGGCCUUUAUGGGGCCGAAAGGUGAGGAAAAUACAGUUGAAUCAAUUGAAAUACCUGAAUCCUCGAAGCCUCCAUCUUUUGCUGAGGAAAAAGAAGGCACUGAGACUGAUAGGUUAGCAAAUUACGCUCUUGAGCAAAACAAACCUGCUGAAGAAGCAAGUGUAGACACAAAGAAGGCUCAUGCACUUCCAGACUCUGCAGAAGGAACAAAUGAUGCACUUGCAGAAGAAAAAAAUGAUGCACUUGCAGAAGAAAAAAAUGAUGCACUUGCAGAAGGAACAAAUGAUGCACUUGCAGAAGGAACAACUACAGUUAGUGCUGACACUGCUGAAGCCAAAUUUGAUCCACAACAGGUGCCUGUUGAAUUAUCUGAACCCAAUGCUGAACAUGUUGAGGAAUCAGGUUCCUUAGACCAUAUCCAACAGAAGGAGAGUUCAGAAGUAGGAUCCUCUGAAAAUUUAGUGUCAGUGGAGGCCAAGUCAGGAACAGCUGAAGUAGACAAAGUUGAGGUUGGUGUUCUUGUGCCACAAGAAUCACAUAAUGUUGUUGAUUUGCGUGAGAGUACAGAUGAACAGAAGAUGCAAGAAGAAGAGAUUGCAGAAGAAGUUUCUCCAGUUCAUACUGAGGUUUCACCAAGGGAUAGUCAAGCAGAAAUCGGGACAGAACUCCCUGAUUCUAGUUCUUCUCCUUCCAAGGAGGCUGAAAGUGCUGAGGAGCAUUCCAAAGGCGACUCGCUAAAUGCACAACGUUCAGAUGAGGCUUCGGAGAUGGUUUCUGAACCGAUUUCUCAUGAAAAUGAUGCAAUGGUCAAAGCUAUUGAAGUGAACCAGCAAUCCAGUGAUUAUGAAACUGACACUAAAGAACAGCGUCUGAGUUCAGGAAGCAAUGCGUCUGACAUUUCAGAUUCCAUGGUUGAACUGGAGAAGGUGAAGAGGGAGAUGAAAAUGAUGGAAACUGCACUACAGGGAGCUGCUAGACAAGCUCAGGCAAAAGCUGAUGAAAUUGCAAAGUUGAUGAAUGAAAAUGAGCAGCUGAAGGGUGUAACUGAGGAUUUGAGGAGAAAAUCCAAUGAUGCAGAAGUUGAAUCGCUCCGAGAGGAGUACCAUCAAAGGGUAUCAGCUCUUGAAAGAAAGGUUUAUGCUCUCACUAAAGAAAGGGAUACACUACGUAGAGAGCAUAAUAAGAAAAGUGAUGCUGCUGCUCUUUUGAAGGAAAAAGACGAAAUAAUCAAUCAAGUUAUGGCUGAAGGUGAAGAGCUUUCAAAAAAGCAAGCUGCUCAAGAAUCUCAGAUUAGAAAAUUAAGGGCGCAGAUUAGAGAGUUUGAAGAAGAGAAGAAAGGAUUAGUUACAAAACUACAGGUAGAAGAGAAUAAAGUAGAGAGUAUAAAGAGGGAUAAGGCAGCCACUGAGAAGCUGCUGCAAGAAACAAUAGAGAAACACCAAGCAGAAAUUGCUGCGCAGAAGGAAUACUACACAAAUUCUUUGAAUGCAGCCAAGGAAGCUGAAGCGUUAGCUGAGGCACGGGCAAGCAAUGAAGCAAAAACUGAACUCGAGAGUCGUCUAAGAGAGGCUGAGGAACGUGAAGCUAUGCUUGUCCAGACACUUGAAGAAUUGAGGCAAACUCUAAGUAGAAAGGAGCAGCAGGCAGUUUUUAGAGAAGAUAUGCUUCGUAGAGACAUUGAGGAUCUUCAAAAACGAUAUCAAGCAAGUGAGCGUAGAUGUGAGGAGUUGAUAACACAAGUUCCUGAUUCUACUAGGCCUCUUUUAAGGCAGAUUGAAGCCAUGCAGGAGACAAUUGCCAGAAGGGCAGAAGCUUGGGCUGCUGUUGAGAGAUCCCUAAACUCACGACUUCAGGAAGCGGAGGCCAAAGCUGCUGCGGCGGAGGAAACAGAGCGAUCUGUAAAUGAACGCUUAUCUCAAACCUUGUCCCGAAUAAAUGUUCUUGACGCUCAGAUUUCAUGUCUUAGAGCCGAGCAGACACAGCUAAGUAGGUCCCUUGAAAAAGAGAGACAGAGAGCAGCAGAAAAUAGGCAGGAAUAUCUUGCAGCAAAGGAGGAAGCUGACACCAAUGAAGGUCGUGUGAACCAACUUGAAGAAGAAAUUAGGGAGCUCCGGAGGAAACACAAGCAAGAGUUAAUAGAAGCUCUGACAUACCGGGAACUCUUGCAGCAGGAGGUAGAUCGGGAGAAAGCUGCUCGGUUGGAACUAGAGAGGACAGUCCGCCUUCAGUCUUCUGCCGUACCUGAUCAAAUUCCUAUAACAAGGCACAAAUCUGCUUUUGAAAAUGGAAACUUGAGCCGCAAACUCUCAAGUUCUAGCAGCAUUGGUAGUAUGGAGGAGAGUUUCUUUCUGCAAGCAUCUUUAGACUCGUCUGACAGUUUAUCUGAACGAAGAAAUCCUGGAGAGACAGCCAUGAGUCCGUACUUUAUGAAGAGCAUGACACCAAGUGCCUUUGAAGCUACCCUUCGUCAGAAGGAGGGCGAACUUGCAUCUUACAUGUCCCGAUUGGCAUCUAUGGAAUCUAUUCGUCAUUCUCUUGCUGAGGAGUUGGUUAAAAUGACCGAGCAGUGUGAUAAAUUACGGACAGAGGCUGCCAUGCUGCCUGGCAUUCGGGCAGAGCUAGAAGCACUAAGACGGAGGCACUCUUCAGCACUGGAGCUAAUGGGUGAACGUGAUGAGGAGCUGGAGGAACUUCGUGCUGAUAUUGUGGAUUUGAAAGAGAUGUACAGAGAACAAGUAAAUAUGCUUGUAAAUCAGAUCCAGGGACUGAGUUCGUCUCUGAACACUGCCCGAUAAAGUUUCCUCCCAAAGUGGCCUUGUCAAGCUGGGAGUUAUAUUAAUAUUCAUACUGCUUCAGAUCAAUCAUAAAACAUUGUUUCUUUUCAAGUGUUUUGAUUGCUGAUAUGUUGCAGAGGGAAGGGAUAGAAAACACUGCCCUACAAAACUCCUCUCUUAUUGUAAUUUAAGCCAUAUUGUUGUAUAGCACGAAUCUUAGUAUCACAGUUCACUUUUGAAACUAGAAAACGAUUUUGAUGUUUUUUGAUUGAUUUUUUAUAAUAAAAAUGAUCUCAUUUUUUUUUU